GGGCUUUAACGGCCCAACUGACGACGCUGGAUGGAGAUAGGGAGGGGGAUUGCCUCGGAGGGAAAACCUUUUUCUUCUUUGUUUUUUUAAGUGCCGUUUCCUUCAGCUGCGAGAAAAGGAGAAGGGAGGUGUGUGAGGGAGGAUGGUUAAGAUUUUCCAAGAGGAGGAGGUGGACUUGAAGUAGUUUGGUGUGGAGUCUCCGACGGGAACUUCAACGGUUAAUUUAGAUACAAAGUUGGGUGACUGACGGAGGAACCGCGGAGAAUGGAAACUAGCCUCCUCACAUCUGUGGUCACAGCUAGGUUCGCGUUUUAAAAUAUUUGCAUGAGGCCGGGAUAGGAAAAAACUAUGCCGUUGCUGGCGGUGCAGUGCAAGCCUGUGUGUUUAAAAAGAGUUUAGGCAACAACAACAAAAACCUGUUUUCCCUGCUAUACUCUACUGCCGCUUUUUUUGUCAGCGAAUGGUGGUUGGCGUUUUUUCCGUUUGGCAGGACGGAUUGUCAAGGAGAAGUUAACCUUGCUGCCGAACACACAGGCACAUCGUCCCCAGACCUGCUCAGAUGGACUUGAGAUAACGCCACCAGAAGUUCCACCCUUGUCCCGAACUCCAGCCUCUCACAUUCACCCAGAAUGGCAGAUCCCACCAGGCUGAGCUCUGAAGGGGCCGGGGCAGGCGCUGCCCAGUUCGACGCCUGUAGUUUGGAGAUAGAGAGGAAGUAUGAUGUCAUCCCUGCUGUCAUCUGCUCCAUGUGUUGCCUGUUUGGCAUCAUCUAUUGCUUCUUUGGUUACCGCUGUUUCAAGGCUGUCAUGUUCUUGUCUGGUCUGAUGUUUGGCGCUGUCAUUAUUUUCCUGCUGUGUCACAAGGAGCACGUACUGGACACCCAGCUGAGCGUGGAGGCCAGCGCAGGUAUCGGCCUCGGUAUCGGGCUGCUGUGCGGUCUGGUGACUAUGCUGGUGCGAAGCGUCGGCCUCUUCAUGACUGGCCUGCUGCUUGGCCUCCUCCUGGCUCUCGCCGCCCUGCUGGUCACUCACCAGUUCUACACUCCAACCACAGUCUGGGUCCCACUGGGUACACUUCUGGGAACAGGCAUGCUGUUUGCUGUGCUGACACUCCAGUGGCAAAAGCUCUUCACCAUGCUCUCCACGGCUGUGUUCGGGGCAGCUAUCAUGACAGUGUGUGCUGAUUACUUUGUGGAGAUGCUGGUUUUGGCCACGCAUGUGUAUAAUUGCUUGCGCCUCACACCUGGGCCCCCUCUCUGCUGGUACAGCUGGGUCAUUCUGGGCAUCUGGCCCGCCCUCAGCCUCAUAGGAGUACUGGUCCAGUGGAAACUGACAGAUGACAGCUUCUCACACACUGAGGUCGUUAUCAGCCGGAGACAGAAGAGAGUCCAGCUGAUGCGGAUUCGAGAGAAGGACGCCAAGAAGCGACAGCAGGCAGGUGGGCAGGAAGGCACGUACCGCCGUAAACCCACCCCAGUGAAACGUUACGCUGGGGAUCUACUGGCACCGAGCUACCUGCAAAGUCUGCGGGACAGACAGAUGGGUACAGGCACUUCCCUUAGCAGCCUGGGCACUGCCAACCACACCAUGAUCGAUUUGGACUUUGACACCGGGUCCACUGCGCCCCUUACAGCUACAACCCCAGUCGUCAGGGUCUGAGCGAAACAGAGAUAAGGGACUACUUGGUGCUCUCUGGUUCUUCAAAUGUGUCUUCCUAACGUUGUUCCUAAGUCGUAGAGUUAAAAAACUGCUCCCCUCGGCUAAAGGUUUAUUUUGCCCUUUUAUUUGGAGCGAGGACUUGUGUCAGUCCUGGGUGUUCGGUGAAAGAGAAUGCUGCUUUUUGGGGUGAUGAAAGAAGUGUCACCGGUUUAGUGAAAGCUAUAAUAUAACCACUGCAACCACUGUGUUUCUCAGAGAAACACUUAAAAUAGAUACUAACAAAGUAAGGUCCUCCAUUUCUUCUCAUGUAUUAAAUACAUAAACCGCAUGCACGAGCCUCAAAACCUGAUGUAUUUCUGUUUUAGUAGUGAAUAUGACAAAGCAGUUUGUUUGACAUUACAUGUACUGUACUUAAAAAAAGUUAGCCAUUGCCAUAAAGUGUUGUGGUAUUACCUGUCUUACUUGUUUAACUGUGCGCUUGUAGAAUUUGUGAAAGUUUAUCACUAAAAUGACUUUGUAUUUUUUUUAGACAAAGUUGGGUGAGAAAGUAAAAUGAGGCAUGCAGAUACAUGGAGUAUAAGAAAGGGAAGCAAAUACUAAACGGGGCAAAAAAGGUUUGUAUUUCCUGACAGAAUACAGUAGGUGAAGAAUUUAGACUGUUGUGUAUGCGUGUGGAGUAAACGUUUUAUAAUUUAAUUUAUAUAAUGACCAAGUACGUGGUAGGGUUGAAAAAAGGA